AUGUCUUCAAGAAGAUCAACAAUGUCAUAUAGAACCUCUUAUAGCUCAAUUAGUUCUGAAAUUAUUAGUGACAACAGAAGUGACAACAGAAACAGCAUCAAUAUUGAAUAUACUACAUCCAAACGAAGAAAAGAUUUUGAACACACUUUAAGAGACUGUGAUGAAAUAUUAAAUUUCAUUGUACGUGGAUAUGUGUAUGCAACCGAAGGUGCUGUUGAUUUAGAAGGAGUUGAACUUAUAGAUGUUGAGACUAAAUUGAAAAUAGAAAGAGAAUCAUUAGAAAAAAUUAUUGUUAAAUGCGAUGCAGGACAAGAAAUUGACUUUUUGGAUUCUCAUGAAGAAGAAGUAAAAAGAUUAAACAUAAUUUUUGAUGAUAGAAGCGAAAAAGAAAAAUAUUUUCAAAAUGAACAUUAUAAUGAAUUUAAACAAAAAGUUUGGGAAGUAAACCAUCAAGAUGAACCAAUGCCACCAUUAGAUGCUGAUGCAGAUGAUGAUGUUGUAGUUGGUAGACAAAAAGAGUCAUUAAAAUGCCCAAUCACUACCUUGUUAUAUGAAGAACCAGUCACAAGUAAUGUUUGUAAACAUACAUUCUCAAAAAGUGCAAUUUUACAACUGAUUUCACGCAAUAGAAAUGUUGUUUGUUGUCCAAUACCUGAUUCUUCUACUUCUAUUUCGUUUCGUGAUGUCGAUGAAGUUGAUGAUAUGAAACAUUUUAGUAGCAUUUACCUUUUAUAUUGCUCAAAAAUCGGUAUCCAAAUAUAUAACCCAGAUGCUACACCUACAACAGCAGCAAUUAAAAUUGGCGAAUGUCUGCCAAAAAAAAUGCUCAUGAUUUUUGAUUUACGACAAAAAUUUUUUGGAGAUCAACAUCGUGCAAACACGUGA